AUGCCUCUUCGCAAGCAGCUCUCAGCGCUUGCUAGACUGAGCAAUGCAAGAGCCUCAUCAUCUCUAAGAAGCGUCCUAUAUGUUGAUCGUGCUGUAAUCGUCCUCAACAAGCCUUCUGGCCUGGUCGCUCAAACCAGCUUGAAGCUCACUCAGCUUUUAAUAAUUCUUCCAGAUUUGCAACACGAAUAUGAUCUUAGUACGCCCCCGUAUCCUGUUCAUCGGCUCGAUAAGAACACUACAGGGGCCUUAGUCUUAGCGAAAACGACACAUGCUGCCCGUGAAUUAUCGCGACAGUUCAAAUCUCGUGCCGUGAUAAAGGAUUACCUGGCCCUCGUUCGUGGAGGUGAAAACAUGUUCACCAAGAAAGAAGGUGUGAUCACAAACCCCAUUCAAGUUGAUCGUGAUGGACGUGUGUCGGUGAGCACACAAGAUGGGAAACCAGCGCUGACUACUUGGGAACUCCUUGGAUCAUCUCCUCGAGUACCCCUUUCCUUGCUGAGAAUGCAGCUUCACACAGGGCUGAAGCAUCAGCUUCGUGUGCACACCGCAUCAGUGCUAAAGGCCCCCAUCCUGGGAGACACGCUUCAUGGGGCCGAGGCGAUUGCCCCGAAAGUUUCAUCAUUAGUGCCGGAAGAAUGCAUGUUCCUGCAUGCGUCAUCUGUGUCUUUAUUUCGAUAUCGACGAGAAGGACCGAGUAAGCGAUUCCGGUUGAAAGUUGUGGCGCCGUUACCUAUUAGUUUUAUCCGUGUCUGUCGUGAUGUGGGCAUUGAACUUGAGGAGGCCAUAAUUCAAGGAGGUGUUUACAUGGACGAUGUAAGGGUGGAGAGUGGAGAGGUGCAUACCAAGGAAGUGCGUAAUAGAAUAACAGGAUAUGAAUAG